CUCACUGAUUGGCUGAAGGAGUUUCAUGUGGCAAAAAGGUCGAACAGCGGAUUUUAAAAUUGAAAUAGCCAAAUUUGCACUAUAUUCACUAUUUUUACGGCUUCCGCGUGGUUUCGUAGCAACUACGAUUCUUAUUCCAGUGUGAAGAUGAUCAUGAAGACGCACAAGCGCAAGCUCCAGUCGGAGUCCUCCGAUGAGUCUCCGGGUGGCGGCAGCGCUGUAGCAUGGGAGCGUCAACGUCAGUUUGUGUUCAACGUCUCCCUGCACAAGUAUCAGCGGGACCAAGAGUUGCCCGAGCCCAGCCUGCGGCGGUCCGUCCUCAUCAGCAACACCCUGCGGCAAGUGGAAGCAUGUCGAGUGUCCUCCCUUGACAUCCGGGCGCCUCUUCCACUCGACCAUCCGUCGCCAGAGCAACCGAUAGCCAACAGCGUGAAUGACCUGCCGUCCCCCGCCAAAUGCCAGCGGGUGGUAUCUGGUUGUGCGUCGUCUGACGACGCGGAGGACUGGAGCUCUCUGUCCGCUGACCCUGAUUUCGCCGUUUCGCCCGCGAUCUCGUCCAUCCUCAGUGGCUUGGACUCCAGCCUGGACGUGAGCGUGCAGUUGCCGUCCCCGCGGGCAGCCCUCAGGUCCCUGGAAAACCUGCAGGCCUGCUCGGACGCUGGUGGAUUCUGGCCGAGGCAGCAGGUCCGAGGGACUCAGGACCCCAUGGAGUGGGAGGCCGGCGUGGAGGCGGUGCGCUCCAGCUACCUGAAGGAUGUCACAGCUGAGGACAUGUUCCAGGACAUAGACACAUCCCAGCUGGAGAGGGACAUGGGGAUUCUGGGCCUGAGGAAUGACGAAUGCCUCUCCAGGGAAUACCUCCCGUACCACAGUGCCAAGGGCCUGCCGUCCUUCUCGUCCUUUAGCUCACCACCGACCUCAUUCAGGGACGGACUGGAUCUUGAGCACCUGAUGACCAUGUUGGUCGAAUCCUGAGAGGGUAUCAGGGUGUCUGAUUCUAACUAAUGUUGAUAAGUAUUAUGUAAAGCCAUUUGAGCAUUCCAUAAGUCUUGUUAUCCGGUCAUGUACUAGUUGAACACUAUGUCCUCACUAGUAAGACAAUUCAGCCCCUGGUAGAGUAACUGUCUUAGUUUGUAACUCAUUCUGAAUUGUUACUUGUGAGGACAAAGCGUGAACUAGUGCAUGGAAUAAAUGCUCGGGGCCCCCCCGCAUGAAGCAGUGAGCCCGUGGACAAUGAAGCAACUUUAUGAAUCUGUUACCGGACGAACCUGAGCUGACAAGUGUCAACACUAAAACGUGUGGAGUCUUCCGUGAAGAAAAGUUUCGUCACAUAUUUAUCAAGCAUUUCUUACAAUUUUUGUUUCGUAUUCACCAAAGUUCCUGUAAAGGCUCUCAGACCUGUUUCCUUGCUGGAAUAACUGCACUUUUUUUUUUCUCUCUUUUUUUUCAAUUGUUAGGAUGCAUCACUGAGGUUACUUUGUUCAUUGACACCAAGUGUUUAAAUCGACAUCUUCCAUAACUGUUAACAUGCGCCACUGAGUUGUUUUUUUGUCUGUUGACACCAAGUGUUUACAACCUACAAGUUUCAGUAAGCCUCAAACAGGUCUUUGUUUUCACUUGUAUUUUUCUUGCUUGUUUUAAAAUGAAGGGCAAAAUGUCCACUUUGUAUUUCCUGUUUAAGAUGAGAUUUGUAAUUGAUUUUUCACCAUACUAUUUUAGUAAAAUGUGAUAAUGAAAA